AUGGAUCUGAUGAAUGGAUUCUAUCAGAUCCUCUUGCGUGAACGGGACAUCCCGUACACAGCAGUGAGCACCCUCAGUGGUAUGCUCUGGGAGUGUCUAGAGAUGCCACAGGGGCUAAGUAACGCCCCCGCAACGUUUAACAGAUGUGUUACGAAUCUGUUACGAUUGGUGCGCGAUUUCGCACCGAGUUACUUCGACGGUGUCUUCGCCCAUAGCCGGGCUAUGGAUGGGAAGACGGACGUGGAGGUUCGUAGAAUCCACGUCCGAAAGGUUCUUACACUUAUGCGAGAGCAUAAGUUGUUCGCGAACCUCAAGAAGUGUAUCUUCGCAGCGAACGAAAUACCACUUCCUGGCUGCAUCGUGGGUAGAAACGGUCUACGCCCUGAUCCGGAAAAGAUCAAGGCGAUUAGCGACUGGCCUUUGCCGGUUGACGUCAAGGGACUUCGAAAGUUCCUUGGCUUGGCGGCGUACUUGCACAAGUACUCGCGCAACUACGCCGAGAUGACCGUACAUCUCGCUCUUUUGUUAAAGAAAAACGAGAGGUGGUCAUGGAGUGCUGAGUGUCAGCAGUUCUUUGAAGGUAUCAAGAAAAGCUUGAUACAAUCGCCUGUGUUGGCGAUUGCAGACCAGGACAGACCAUUUCAUGUGAUGCCAGCAAUUUCGCAAUCUGCUGCGACUUAA